CGAUCUGCGCGAGUGUGCAGUGCAGCCGGUCCCCAUAAAGUCAAACAUGCAGCACGAACGCCGGACCAUGAGAGAGAUAUCUUGUCAUUAAGGAAAAGUAGACCACGCUGCGUGUGUGCGGAUGUGUGUGAGCAUAUUAUGUGAGCAGCCGGGAUUAAAUGCUACAUAUCCUGAUCAAGGAGAGCAAUCCAUUUCGCCAUUGAUCCACACGGUCUCGUCUUAAUUUUUCGGCCGCUUUCCGCAUCGUCUUGACCAGUGGGAUGUGCUAGUUUUUCCCGGCGCAGCGCUUGCCCGGGGGCAUGAGAAGACGCCGGACGAGAUACUGGCGUUACACACCAAGACAACUAGUCAGUUUUGCCACUUUAAGGAUGCGUUGACCCACUGUGAUCCCUGAUCUGGUCAUUGAGGGGAUUUUCUUAUCCGUUGCCUGCACGCCAUUGCCUUGGCAAGUGUGCGGUUGUGCCACGGGAGGAUUUAGCCGUAAUCUCUACCAAGGGGACUGCCGUUUAUCCCCCAGCGUGAUGGAAAUGCUUUAGCUUCCACAGCUCAAAUCAGCAUCAUGCAUCUUCUUGUUGUGACGACGAUCACUUUCUUAACACUUACUUCCGCACCUCCAUGCCAUUGUCGGCACCAGGUCGACAUAACAGCACUUUGUCCCGACGGAACGUCCUCGUCUCCCGCACUUGAACAAAACAACCGGAAGCACUUGUCAUCUAACACCGCCGCGCGGGCGCCCAGGCGGCACCGCCGCGCCAAACACUUGGCCCUUCCGGAUGCACCGGAAAUCCCCCAAGUUGACACAAUAAGCGCACGGAGCAUCGGAUUACACUGGUCCAGUUCGACCGGGUCAGCAGCCGCCGCCGCGACAACGCGGCACGAUGUUCCCAUUCUUUAUUAUUUGAUCCUGGUGCAUCAAAACGGGGAAAAUGGUGCACGCGCGCGGAUGCGCAGUGGGCCAAGCGGUCCCGGUGACGAUGGGCACUGGGAGCAGGGGGAACCGCCACCCGCCCGGCGGAUUCGUAUGCCGGAUAAUGCAACAAAUUUCAUGGUUAUGGGACUGAAACCGGUUACGCCCUAUACAUUCCAGAUUAUAGCGGUAAAUUCCAAAGGACAUAGUCGCCCGAGUCGCAUGUCUCCUGUGUACUGGACCAAAAAUGAACCACAACCACCUGGAACGCCUGUGCUCAUAAUGGCUCAGAACGCAUCCAGCACGUCCAUCCGGCUGCAGUGGCUGUCGCCACCUGCUGAUUACGAAGACAGCGGAAGUCCGUCCGUGAAAGGUUAUCGCUUGACCUACCGCCAGGCAACACCGGCCACCUGGUCGGCCUCCACGGAAGCCCCGGAUGGGGAUCUCACGCCAGCCGGCUCCAAUCCGGGCCAAGUGCACGAAAUUCUUAUUGAUAAUCCGCAGAUCCACACGUACGAGAUACGCCGACUGCAGCCCUACCAACGCUAUUACAUCAGCAUCCAGGCCUACAAUGAUGAUGGCUACUCCGCAGCCCACACCGAGGUCAUCCGCACCGCGGAAGGUAUCCCCAGCGCUCCGUAUGAUCUUCUGGCAGAUGAAGUGACGGAUACCAGCAUCCAACUGAGCUGGCUGCCGCCCCUAAAUCCCAGCGGGAUUGUUUUGGGCUACAAACUACACUACACACACCCUGCCGGCUACACAGAUACAGCGGUGGUCAGACUCCCCGAUCGGCCUCGAAACUCUUCGCACGCAGCUCUGGAGAAUGAGAAAUUUCUCACUUCCGACCAUCUGCGUCGGAUCGGUCAUCGCAUCACCGGCUUGUUGCCGUAUUCCGUCUACUACAUCCAGGUGGGCGCCUACACCUCAACCGGCACCGGGGCGCUGACCAGUAAGGGUCUGACGGUGUGGACAGACGUGGAGCGACCGGAAGUGCCGGAUAUCAACAGUAUUGUGCGGGUGGCCGACAAUGCCUUGCUGGUGCAGUGGGAGAUGCCGCCCUUGCAGGCCCUCAAUCAGCGCCCAUCCCAGACGGGGCGUGGUACCAGCAGUUAUCGGACGGCGCUGACGUUAACUCAUUUUCAAGUUCAUUAUCGCCACAACGCCGAUAAGCAGGAGGCCAUGAUUCAGAUUCCAGUGCGUGCCAGCAAGGGGAACGAGAUCAAGACGCGCAGGGGCCCAUCAACUGCCCAUCCAGUGGACGCGUCUCCCAGUGCAUCACCCACUGAGCCCACCAAGAACUACUUCAUUUUCAAUCAUCCACACGAUCGCAACGACUGCCCCUUCCAGCCCUAUCGUCAGUACAGCGAAUCUGCCAGGGCUGCUGAUGUGGAUGAGGGCGAUUCAGACGAUAAUCACAGGUGCAUAGCGGAAGCCGUCCUAGGCAACCUGACCCGCACCGGCUCCUACACCAUUCGCAUCGCCGCAGUGCGACGCAGCAUCGUGUACCCACAGACGCUGCUGACGAGCACGCCGUCCUCCCCGGCCACCUUCCAAAUGGACUCCACCCCCGACAUGGACACCGCCGCGGCCUCCGUUGCCCCCGUGACCGACUCUUCGGCGUUCGAUCUGUCCGUAACGGAGGUGGGAUUGAUCGUGGGGGUGCUGCUGAUGAUGGGCAUCAUGCUGGUGGUCUGCGGAUUGUACUGUGCCUUCCGCAAGCGCUUUUUCCUCCCUGGCUACUCGUACUUGCAGUUGGGCAUGAAUGGGAACGGGCAUGCCAAUGGGCAUUGUGGCAAAGGGGUGGCGCUGUCGCCGUUUCGUAUUUCCAAAACAGAAAUCAAUCCGAACAACCGGAUUCCCGGAACAGAACUGCAUGUGCGAAUCAAGAGGCUGUACGCUGACGGACAAAUCGGUCUCUCCCGCGAAUAUGAGAGUCUAGCCAGCGUUCUGUCGCAGGCCGCUAACAGCACCGGCAAUGAUGCUUUCGUCCCGAGCAUGAAGGAGGCCCUGAAACCGGAGAAUCGACCCAGGAACCGCUACAUCAACGUCCUACCGUACGACCACUCGCGGGUCAAACUCAAGACACAGUGUACGGUGGCCACUGUGGGAGUGGAGAAAGAGAACGAAACGCAACCGCUGACCAACGGGAAGCUGGACACGGAAGCGGAGGAGACCGAUUCCACGACGUGUGGAGGAUGCUUCAGUUCGGGGAAUCUGGUUAAAGGACCGGUGCCGAUUGAUUACAUUAACGCCAGUUUUGUGGAUGGAAUACAUUCACCGGAUGCGUAUAUCCUCACCCAAGCUCCAAUGAGCAACACACUUGCAGACUUUUGGUGUAUGGUGUGGGAUUACAACGUCCGCGUGCUGAUCAUGCUGACCAAUUUGGAGGAGAACGGACGGAAGAAGUCCGAAUUAUACUGGCCGACGUCUACCGACCAUCCCAUGACUUAUGGGCCCUUCACCGUGGCCUUGGUCAACGAAAUUGUUACCGCAUUCUAUACUGUCCGCACCUUUUCGCUGACAUAUAAGAAGCCGGGGGAGGAAGGGGAAAUUGGUGAAACCCGACAGGUGACGCAGUACAUGUACAGUGACUGGCCGGAUCAUGGACGCCCGGACAUCACCGUGCCGCUGCUGCGCUUUAUCAUCAAAUCCAGUCGGGCUUUCGAAGAUGACAAUUUCGGUCCUCCCAUCGUCCACUGCAGCGCCGGUGUGGGCCGCAGCGGCUGCUAUAUUGCCCUGCACUCACUGAUGCUGGAGAUGGAUCGCACGGGCCACGUGGACAUCUUCACCUAUCUGCUUAACGCGCGCAAACAGCGCAUGGGCCUGUGCCAGAAUGAAUCACAGUAUGCUUUGAUCUAUGACGCCCUGCUGGAAUACAUUCAAAGCGGGCACACGGAAGUGUACGCCGCCACCUUCGAGGAGUACAUGGAGACGCUGAUGAAGGCUGACAUGGAAGGACUGAAGCUACAGCACCAGUUGGUGGUGGCCGCCCGCACGACGACGCCAGGGUCCAGUCAUUACAAUUUUUCUAAUAGCUUCGAGUACGCAAUGCAGGGAUUUAACAAAGGAAAAAAUCGCAGUGAGAAGUACAUGCCAACGGAUGUGCAUAGUCACCGAGUUGGAAUAACGCCCCGGCCGGCCAUUCUGGGCUCUGAUUACGUCAAUGCAUCGUUCUUGCCCAGCUACUACAAAGCCAGGGAGUUUAUUAUAACCCAGAGACCAGUGGAAGCGACUGUGACGGCAUUCUGGCAGAUGAUCUGGGAUUACAAAAUCAAAACCGUUUUCCACGUGGUGAACGGCGAUGCCACCGAUGUGACAUCGUUUAUCCCUCCGACCGACGCGCCUCUACGCAGUGACGACUUCUCCGUCACUCAACUGUUAUCAGACGCCGAGACCGGUGAGAUCCUGCCCCCGUCCAGUCCCACGGUGCCGUGGGAGCACCGCACCAUCCGCUGCCAGUUGGCGCUGAACCUUCCAGACAAACUGGCCAUCGUCAGCGAACUGGAGUGUCAGAUCGUGCCGGUGAAGCUGCCGGCCGGGGAGGAUAAGGCCUGGUGGAGUCUCCUGGAGACGGUGGAGGGCUUGAUGAGCGGUGGCGGCAGUGGGAUGACGGUGGUGAUGGAUGAGUUCGGUGGUCCGGAAGCGGCCUUGCUGGCCGCCAUGGUGACGGUGAGGCAGCAGGUGCUGUGUGAAGGCAGCGUGGAUGUGUAUCAUGUGGCGCGGCUGUAUAACCACAUUCGACCAGGAGUGUUUGAAGACCUGAACACAUACCGACACCUGUACGAGGCCACGAAAAGUGUGUGCGCAGCAGCCCGCCAUUCGCUUCCUGUAUCCAAUGUGUUUCUGUCGGCCGCCGGCACUCUCCAGGUGGCAUCCAACACCACGAUGACCGUAUCGCUCAGCAAGAGGCUAUCGGCCAUCCUGGAAGAGGAGAGCGUGAUUUUAGCAUGAUUAAAGAGUGGUUUUCUAAAUGAAUAGCUUUUACUAAUAAUUUCUGUGCUGUUUCCGGUGCUGGAUUGGGCUAUCAGCCGGCGAUCUCCUUCCUCUGUUGUCACAACGAGGCAGUUUUAUACAGUGGGUUGCUUUUUAAUUUUAAGUCAUUUUAAAAUUUUAAUCGUUUCAUUCCUUUUGCUACUUUUGGUUAGGUUUCUCUGAGAAAUUAAACAGUCUGCGUGGCAAAUUACAUAGGCACGUUAAAACCGAUUUAAUAAACAUCUUGAAAUCACA